AUGCAGAUCAUCUUCUCACUUGUUUUGGCGGUGACUACCCUGCUGAACUGCCAAAGCCUGGAGUGCUCGAAUACCUCAUCACCAGUGGCGACCGACUCUCUGAAGAAGCAUGGUGUGGUCACUGCGUCCUCAAUCUACCGCGUGUAUUACCUCGCAGUGGGCCUUUUUCACGCUCUACUCGUCACUCUUCCACAAACACAGCAGCAAGCGCUUUGCCCGAACUUAGAGCAUGUCCGACAUGAUCACCUUGCUCUCACUCACAAAACCACAACUGCUCUCGCAUUGAUCUGCCUCGGUAGUUGCAUUCGUAUCUACGCCUUCUGGCAACUAGGCUCAUGCUUCACGUUUUAUCUCUCAAAGCCUGAUCGUCUUGUCACUACGGGCAUCUAUCGCCACGUUCGUCAUCCAGCAUACGCUGGAUUAGCCAUCCAGGCCCCUGCAGUGUUGUAUUUCUGGGCAAGAGAGGAUGGUGUACUUGCAUGUUUGAUGUCAGAUUUACCACUAUUGCCUGUAGUGACCAUCGUACACUGGUGCUUCUGGGCUGUAGCUCUGCCAAUGAUCGGAUGGGUACGUAUCAAGGAAAAGGAGGAACUGCUAGAGAAGACGUUUGGUCAACAGUGGAAGGAGUAUCGUCACACAACACGCAUGUUGGUGCCGUUCCUCUUUUAA